CAAACGUCGAAAAGACCAACAAACUCGGGUCAAAGUUCACUUUUUCGGCACGUUCGGCAGCAGAGGCUGUCCAAGUUGCGGGGAAAAGAGAAUGCUGGGGAGAUUGUCUAAACACCUGCGGCGUCGUAUCUCAACAUCUCCCUGCAUUUAUGGCCUUCAAGAUGGUCUGUUCAGUGUCCACCCACAUGUAUCCCAGGCAGUGGCGGAGGGCAGACCAGUGGUGGCUUUGGAAAGCACAAUCAUCACACAUGGCAUGCCUUAUCCCCACAACCUGAGAACGGCUCAAGAGGUGGAGGCCAUAGUGAGAUUCCAGGGUGCCAUCCCUGCCACUGUGGGGGUGCUUGAGGGGAAGGUGCAUGUGGGCCUGUCUGGAGAGGAGCUGGACUUCCUGGCCCGCAGCAAGACCUCCCUCAAAGUGUCCCGCAGAGAUUUGCCUUACGUCAUCAGCAAGGGUCUCUCUGGAGGAACAACGGUGUCUGGCACUAUGAUUGCAGCCCACAAUGCAGGGAUUCCUGUCUUUGUGACUGGAGGGAUUGGAGGGGUACAUAGAGAUGGAGAAAACACUUUAGAUAUCAGUGCAGAUCUCACAGAACUUGGUCGUACACCGAUUGCUGUAGUUUCUGCUGGUGUGAAGUCUAUCUUGGACAUCGGACGCACCUUGGAAUUUUUGGAAACACAAGGUGUAUGUGUGGCCACAUAUGGAGAUUCAAACAAUUUCCCAGCAUUUUUCAGCCCUCAAAGCGGGUACACCUCUCCAUACCAUGUCUCCAACCCUGAAGAGGCUGCUGAGCUCAUAGCGAGCGCUCUCGCCCUGGGUUUGCAGAGUGGGGUACUGUUGGCUGUGCCGAUCCCAGAGGGGCACGCUGCUGCUGGGAAAGAGAUAGAGGAUGCCAUCCAGACAGCUUUAGCAGAGGCCAGCUCAAGAGGCAUCACAGGACGAGAUGUGACACCUUUUAUCUUACAGACGGUGAAUGAACUGACUAAAGGAAAAUCCCUUCAAGCUAACAUAGCUCUGAUUCAUAAUAAUGCCAAGGUGGGCAGCCAGAUUGCAUGUGCCUUGUCAGAGUGCAUGCAGAGGAAGAGUGGCCUCCAGAUCGGGAAAGGCAAGAAAGAAAAGAGUCAUGGCAAAAAUGCUAUUGUUGUCGGUGGAGUCAAUGUGGACUUCAUUGCAAAAGGGAAAACCAAAAAGUUACUGUUUGGUCAGACAAAUCCAGGAAGUGUCUGUCAGUCAUUUGGAGGAGUUGGCAGAAAUAUUGCUGACUGUUUGAGUCGACUGGGCCAGGAAUCCCUCUUCAUCUCCGCUAUAGGAGCAGACUUUCACGGCAAUGCCGUUUUGAACUACUGUAAGCAUAUGAACACAAGUGGAGUUGCACAAAUGAAGGAGCAAAGGACGGCAACCUACUGUGCCGUCAUCACUGAGAGUGGAGACCUUAGCUUGGGCCUGGGGGAUAUGGACAUCCAUCAGCAAAUCAAAGAGCAGUAUGUGUCCCAAUAUGAAGAGCAGCUCUCAGCUGCCUCUCUCGUGUGUGUUGAUGGGAACAUUCCUGUGUCCACCAUCAACUACAUUUGCUCAAUAGGCAAAAAACACUCAGUGCCAGUGUGGUACGAGUCGACGGAUGCUGAUAAGGCCUGUAAGCCUUUCCUGUCUGAGAGCUGGAAAGCGCUGACCUACACCUCCCCCAACCUUGCUGAGCUGUGCACCAUGAACCGCACGCUGGGCCUGCCGACACCCCCAGAGUUGCCAGACUCCCUGGAGGAAGUGUUGAGCUGUGCUGCGUCGCUCUCGCGCCCCCUGCUGGAGCACCUGCAGUGUGUGGUGGUGACACUGGGCCCAAUGGGAGUGCUGCUGUGUGGGGAGCAUGAAGCCGGCUCUGUCAACCUACAGCCCAGGAAACACAGGCGGAAGGGACGUUUGUGUGCCUUCCACUACCCUGCUCUGACUAUCUCCUCAGAGGAAACUGUGAACGUGUCUGGAGCUGGUGACAGCCUUGCGGGAGGGAUAAUGGUGGGCAUCCUGCGGGGGUGGGACACUCACACCUGCGUGCGCAUGGGGAUCCUGGCAGCACGGCUCUCCCUGACCUCGCCCCAUCCCAUCGCCCCGACACUGACCCUUGACUCAGUCCACCCGCUGAGGGCCCACACCCAGCCAUGGCCGCAGCCCACAUGCCUGUGGAUGGAGGCCUGAGGGAGUGGAGAGACAAACAGCUUGUGCCGCACCACCUCUGCCUAAGAAGCAUGAAAAUAAAAUUCCUUCAUUUCAGCAAGGCUGAGGUUUACAUUUUUACAUUUUAAAGGAGUGUUUGCAUGUGUCAAUUAUGGACUGUCAUACACUUAAAAAAAAUAAACAAAUAUAGUUGGUAUUAAAGGUUUUAUUUGAGAUUGUUAAUUAAGAUCUUGGAGGUUUACUGCUUUUCAAUCUUACCUCAGGCCUGAAGUUGUUUCACUGAAGUCGAGCCCUGUUCUUCACCAACUAUAUGCAUAAUAUGCUACCUUAAUAGUACAGUAAGAAUGAUAAUGCUUUCAAAACCAAUGUGUGCUAAUGUAAACAUAAUUUAUAGAUAAGAAUGGAUGAUUCAUGAUUAACAAAAUAUGUCUUUGAUGAAGAAUAAAUAAGGGGGACCAAACACUUUGUGUGACCAAGUAUUGAAAAAAAUGUAUGCCAGCCUGUGGCCAACGGGAAAUGGUGCUUUUCAUUCUCACCUGAUUUACAACAUUCCAGUGUUUUAUAACGUGUUACAGGUGUUUCUCUGGUACAAGUGUGAUGUGAACUACUAGAGGUUCUGUCUUUAAGUCUUAAGUUUUCCAGUUUUCAUUUUGUGUAACAGAUGGCUUAUGCUGAUCAAAGGGUUUUCUAAAUUACAAUUUGUUUUUUGAGUUUCCUGAACACACCAUUGUAAAAAGAAAUGGAACACAUUCUAAUCAAUAAAUUGAAAAACGGAAAA